UACACACAUCAAGAGAUAUCGAGCAAGCGACAAUCUAAGAAUUAGCUUAAAGUCAAUUAGAGAAUUGAGUAAACACUCCGCUCUCGAAGCAAGACAUUUCGAUAAAAGGUGUCGAUUGUCUCGGAUAUGGCGCUCCGUCUUCCUCUCCGGUCGCUUUCUCGCGUUGUAGCCCGGGGGCGAUUUGUUCCAUCCGCCUCUAUCAACAGGUUUUCUUAUGCCACACUCGCAGAGGUAAAGAUUGAUGACAGCCCUGAAGUAAAAUACAACCAGGUUUUCGUCAACAACCAGUUUGUGGACUCUGUCAGUGGUAAGACUUUCCCCACAAUCAAUCCAGCAACAGGAGAGAAAAUAUGUGAUGUAGCUGAGGGUGAUAAGGCAGACAUUGAUGUCGCUGUAAAAGCAGCCAAGCAGGCCUUCAAACUGGGCAGUCCUUGGAGAACAAUGGAUGCAUCAGACCGGGGAAGACUUUUGAACAAACUGGCUGACUUGAUUGAGCGCGACCAAGCUUAUCUUGCAAGUUUGGAGACUUUGGAUAAUGGCAAGCCAUUCAGUGAUUCUUUCACAGUUGACUUGGAGAUGACAAAGAAGUGCUACAGAUAUUAUGCUGGUUGGGCUGACAAAAUUCAUGGCAAAACAAUACCAAUUGAUGGUGAUUUCUUAUGUUACACCCGCCAUGAACCCAUCGGCAUUGUUGGGCAAGUGAUUCCUUGGAACUUUCCACUCUUGAUGCAGGCCUGGAAACUUGGCCCUGCCCUGUGUACUGGGAAUGUGGUAGUAAUGAAGCCUGCAGAGCAGACGCCACUGACUGCCUUGUAUGUGGCAUCACUAAUCGCUGAGGCUGGUUUCCCUCCCGGUGUUGUAAACAUCGUACCAGGUUAUGGGCCGACAGCGGGGAUGGCAGUCGCAGAACACAUGGAUGUCGAGAAGAUCGCCUUUACCGGUUCCACUGAGGUAGGACAUUUGAUUCAACAAGCGGUAGGUAGAAGUAACUUGAAGAAUGUCACGCUGGAGCUGGGAGGAAAGAGUCCCAACAUUGUCUUCGCUGACUCUGAUCUGGAUGAUGCUGUCAGCAUGAGCCAUUUUGCCCUGUUCUUCAACCAGGGUCAAUGUUGCUGCGCUGGGAGCCGUACCUUUGUGGAAGAAUCAAUUUAUGAUGAGUUUGUGGAGAGGAGCGUGGAAAGGGCAAGGAGCCGAGUAGUCGGUAACCCGUUCGAUCUCAAGACAGAGCAAGGACCACAGGUGGACAAGGAGCAAUUCGGAAAGAUACUGUCGCUGAUAGAGAGUGGAAACAAGGAAGGGGCAAAUCUGGCGUACGGAGGAGCACAACAUGGCGACAAGGGCUACUUCAUCCAGCCCACCGUGUUCUCUGAUGUUCAGGAUGACAUGAGAAUUGCUAAAGAAGAGAUUUUCGGACCAGUGAUGCAGAUCAUGAAGUUCAAGGACAUGAAUGAGCUGAUCGAACGAGCCAACAAUACCAUUUAUGGCUUGGCAGCGUCCGUGUUCACCAAGGACAUUGACAAGAUGAAUACUAUCGCCUCUAGUGUGCGCGCGGGCACUGUGUGGGUUAAUUGCUACGAUGUUCUCCAUUCUCAAGCACCAUUUGGUGGCUUCAAAAUGUCAGGAUCAGGACGGGAACUAGGUGAAUAUGGCCUGGAACAGUAUUCUGAAGUGAAAACGGUGACAAUCAAACUCCCGCAGAAGAACUCUUAAACUGCAACAAUCACACUUAAUAGGCUCUGGCUUCGCUGAAUAGUAUUGCAAGUUAUACUUACUGUAGUAUGAACAAUUUAAAUUGCUAAACCAAAGUGCUUAUCAAAGCUUAUAAGUUCACGUAAGAGAAAAAGGGAAGGUAGAGAUUGCAUUUCUUCCAUGGAUGAGAUAAUUUAACGAGGGAUUUGAUUCUUAGUAUUAAGCGUUUUUUUAUCUGUCGUGAACUAGCUACGUGAUGCUUGCGUAUCUUUAAGGGUUUAUCCUAACUUCUUCAAGGCCGUCGUUCGUGAUCCGUGUCAAUCAAUCAACUUUCAGGAAUGGCGUUGACGUGGCAACGUGUGUUGACUGUCUUGAUUGGUUAGGUCUAACAGAAAUCAAAACGUUGUCUAAAACUAGUCAAUACUUAAUACAAUUUUUGUAAAGUAGUGUAAGUACGGUAUGCAGCACCCCCAAGUGACGUUUUGUAUUCAGACAAAUUUGUACUCGACAUAAUCACCUUAAAUAGCAUUGCUUAGAAAUUGCACUGCAUAAUGAAGUAGUUUUAGUAAAUCCAAUAUCCAUCCUUGCUGUGGGGAUGCAGUCAAAUGAAUUUUUGAAAUAAUCAUAAUUACUCCCAAUAAUUGCAUUAAAAGUUAUAUCGUUUAUGGCAAUUUACGUUUGA